GUAGCCAUUGUGAGGAAGUUGCUCGCUGAAAGUUGGCCGCUACGCAGAACACUGAAGUCCGAUCCUACCAACUUGUCCUGAGUGCUGCUGGCAGCUGCUGAGCGUUCCCCGGUUUGAGUGGCACAUUUUGGCUUGAUCCAGGACUGGCCAAGAGCUCCAACGAAGAGACAGCGUCGUGUCACUCGAGACCUGGGAGCCCGAUCCGAGCCGGAACUCGCAACAGCGGGCCCUGCCGGCGGGCGGUGCUCUGGGCGGGGGGAAUCCGAGCAGUGAGAACUACACCAGCAACCCGAUCGCUCUCGUCAAGGAAGACCCAGGUGACAUAAGCUCGCUAAUCGGCAACGGCCGGUUUCAGCUGCUCAUCCUGCUUUUAGCCCAAGUUGCCUCUGCUCUGCUCACAAUCCACCACCUGUAUAUGCGUCUCUUCCUGGCACGGGUCGAUCACUGGUGUCGACCGCCGCUGGAGUACUCGCUCUCCCUGGAGAUCUGGAAGAACACGAGCAUCCCCUUGUUGCCGGACGGCAGCUAUAGCAAGUGCAACAUGUACCAUCCAACCGCGCACACCGCCAACGGCAGUAAGGUCGUGGUGUCCUGCAAUGAGUGGGAGUACGACCUGUCUCCUGGCAAGAAAUCGGUGGUGAGCGAAUGGAACCUUGUCUGCGACCGGGCAUGGUACAUCUGCAUCGCGUUCCUCUACAACAGGUUGGGCGCCAUCCUAGUUGUGCCGUUCUCGGGCCAGAUCUCUGACCGCAUCGGCCGGAAGCCUGUCAUCUGCACCUGCAUUAUCGUCGCGGUUGUGUCGGCCGGCGCCUCUGUUGUGUCGAAGUCGUUCCUCGCGUUCGUCGUGUCUUGCAUGCUCCUUGCGGCUUCACUGAGCAUAGUCAGGCUGCUUAUCAUCAUCGUGCUCUUCGAGAACUCGGGAGAGGGCUACCGGGACUUCUACGUCUGCCUCGCCAAAUUCGGCUCCAUAUACGGCAUCGUCAUCGUAGCGGUCACGGACUACUACGCCACACAGCGGAUCGUGCUCAACCUCACUGUUUUCGUGAUCGCCGUGUUGCUGACGUCAGUGUACUGCUUCGUCGACGAGUCCGUGACCUGGCUGCUGGCGUAUCGCGACUACGACCGCGCCGAACACGUCAUCUACCAGGCUUCGGUGCGCAACCGGCGGCCGUACGCCGGUCACCGCAUCUUCGGCAGCAACUCGACCGGCUACCGGCCCACCAGCCAGCUCGACAUAAACUUCGCCACGUUCGUGGCCACUCACGAGCUCCGGUGCCGCACGGCCAUCUUGUCAUGGAUCCUGCUGUGCCUCUUCCUCGUCCAGUACGGCAUGUUAGCCACCGGCGAGAAGGUCGACACACUACGGGGCAAUGUCGCCCUGGUGCUCAUCAGGUGCUGCUCUUUCCCUCUGGCGUGGAAGUUGCUACGGGACUUCCCCCGCAAGAGCGCCCUGAGCAUGGCGUUGCCGAUGACCUGCUGUCUCCUCUGCCUCCUGUCCGUGUCCAAGUUCAAGGGGGCCGCCAGUGUCACCUGGAUCCUGGAGGAGGUCGUGAUCGCUUCGAUCGUGGGCGAAGCCAUCGUCGUCUACGUCUUCACGCUCGAGCUGUUCCCGACGGUGAUUCGCGGCAUGGGCACUUCCAUCGUCUACUUCUUCGGGCAGUGUGCGGUGAUGCUGGCCCCCUAUAUCGUAAUGCUGUCGUCCCGCAUCCACCCGAACGUGGUGAGCGUUGUCUUCAACGCGCUGCUCCUCAGUGCCCUGGGCAUUCUUCGCUUCUUGCCCGAAACGAAGGAGAGAAAGCUGCCCAAAACCAUGGACGAUCUCAUGCCUUGA